AGCCUAGCUGUGUUUUGUGAAUUGUAAUGGCACAAUUGACGCCCAUCAGGGGUUUUAUAAAUACGCCAGUUUCAAGGUUGGCGUGCAUAGUGUUGACGGUGCUGGCACUUUUAGUUUCGAUUUUCCAGAUCAAGCACCUUUUCAAACUCACUAUAGACCCGUUCCUCACAGAGUACCAUCAGUAUUGGAGACUCAUAUUAUUUCAAAUAUCGUUCGUCAAUGAAAGUGACUAUCUCUUGGCGGUGAUAUUGGCCUUUCAGUUCAAAGUCUUGGAGCGAUUCUACGGAUCCAAGAAAUAUAUGUCACUUGUGGUGGUAUUUGCUCUCUACAACGGAGUUUUGACUUUCUUGAUCAUGAGUCUAGGGCAAUUGUUGAUCAAUUUCGGCUCUUUUUUGGCAAACAUUGUUCUAAAGAGACAGAACUACGCGUUCCAUACGACUUUCUUGAAUACUAUCAGUCCGGGCCCAUUUGGCAUAAUAUCGUCGUUGUACAUUUGCUUUGGUCAUUAUAUUCCCGUGAGCUACCAGUUCAAAAUCGUGUUGUCGAAGGGUGAAACCGAGGCUCUGAUUGACGCAGAUGACUCCAGAUCACUCAUUUUAACAGACCACUUUCAAAUCCACAUAAUCUAUACCCUAUUCCUUCUCAAUAACGGUGUUCAGUCAUUUAUUCCUGGUCUCACCGGACUUUUCAUCGGUAAGCUUUAUGUGGAGAAUCUUCUUCCUGGCUCCAAAACGUGGCUUUUACCCACAAGUAUAUUCAAGUUGGUGAUAAGCCCUCAGAAAACUUCAUACAAUCUCUACCAAAACUUGAGAUCCAGGGUGUCGGGAUACCUGUCCCUUCAAGGAGGCGAAAGCAGUGAGCCGUUCACAGAAAAUGAUAAUGACAAUGAAUUUAACGAUAACGAUGACCGAGAAGAAGUGGUGGAGGAUGAAAGGAACAAUAACUAUAACGAAAUCAGAGCCGAGACACCGGUGCGGCCAUUAGCCCGCCAGUUUUUGGAUACAUUCAGAACUGGAGAAUAAAUACAGCUGACAAAGUCAAUAUGCACUUGGCGUAGCAUAAGGUGUUUGGGCACGAACUUAUUCAUAAAUUAUACAAGGUUUGUUUGAAACGAACGCUUCGAGGGGAGAUCAGUGUUGAAACCGCUGUGUUCAGGUAUUUUGACUACUAUCUUCAUCGCUUUUUUGAGAUUCCGACCAUUUAAUUUGGAGCACCAAAAAUACUAGGGGACAUCCAAUGUUUGAAAUAGAUACCUGAUAGUGUUUUAUUUGGUAAGCCACAAGAGCAUAUAUUCAUACCUAGAACACCUAAUUAAUACUCACUCUUACGAUUACUGUGUCUAUAUUUUCCUUCUCAGGGCCAGCUUUAAAAAGCUUGGAGUUCUUUACUGAAACAUUGUUAUCAUAAAGCGUUCACCGAUAGCACCAAAGACCCGAAAAUGUUGAUGUUAUCACUUUCAGCAAAUAGUGUCUUGUCAAAGAAAAUGUAAACUGCAUUGAACAAGAAAUCCCAAGAAAAUUACUUUUGAUAUACUAUUCUUUCCGUUUCUUCACUAGUUUUCUCCAUUUCUCAUCAUAAAUUAUCCCUAAAAAUACAUAGAUAGAACUAAACUUUGGUCUUAACCUUUCUGAACCGUGAAAAUAUCAGCCUCUUGCUGACGUGCAGCUUGGUGCCGUCUGAAGUGAGUGAGAACGUCGUCGACAAUGGAGUUGUAAAUGCACCCAGCUCAACCCUUGGAGUAGGAGGUUCAAUGAUAAAACCCCUUCUCUUAUAAGGAAGUGACGCUUCGUCUUCAUAGUCCAUUUCAAUUUCGUCAUUAAUGGUACCGAAUCCAAACUGUUUCUCUUCUUUGAUAACCGAAACUCUAGAAUUCAAGUUCAACGACAAGUGUUUGCUGUUUUUUGACAAUUGCACAAUGUCAUCAGCAGAAGUUGUAGUAGUCAUAAACGAGUGCUCCAAAGAAUUCUCUAAUGAAUUGUUAGUCAAAGAACUGCUUCUUGACAUUUCAACGUUGGGCUCGGGAAGUGUGUCAGAUGCGCUCAAGUUGGUACGGGUACCGUAAUUCUUGAUAAUAACUUCAAACAUCAAGUAUCUCAAGAACCGUUCCCACAACUGGAUCUCAUACGAAGACUGGCCCGAGUUGCCAAAUGUCGCCUUGAAGUUGUCAAUAAUAGUUUCAAUAACCUUGUUGACCAAGUUUCUGUGAAUCUUGAAAUCACUAUCAUGGUGAAUGCUCAUUGUAGAAUUGAGUUCAGCCUGGUUGUCGAAUAGAUCGUAGUGCAAUUCGCUCAUGAGUUUCAACCAAUCGUAGUCAAAGUCUCUCAAGUACAAGAAUCUGUAGGUAGAAAGCUUCUGGUGUUCGGUGUCAGACAAUCCACUUAAAUUGCACGACAAUGUCGACACAUUGAGUAAAAAGUGUUCAAUGACUUCUUUGUAGAACGUAGCUAAUUGGUGCAAGCUAGGCAAGAACUCGAAGUAGUUGCUGGUGGAACUCAAUUCCAUCAUGUUAAAUCUGAGUUCUUGGUAAAUAUCAUUCCAAAACUGGUUGGAUUUGAUAGCCUCUUUAAUGGAGUGGUUUUUUGAACCCCAAGACUCAUAUUUCAGGUAAAGCGAAUUGAAGUCCGUCAAAUCGUCGUGUUCAUAUUCAUCCUCGGCUUGUGAAUCAUCGUCAGUUAAAUUGUCAUAAUCUCCCAUCUCACAUUCCAUACUAGUCAAGUUAUCAGUAGAGAGAUUCGGUAAGCCUUGUACGGGAGCUUUGUCUCUGGCCUUGAUUUCCUUUAGUUUCCUCAUAUACUUCAACUUGGGAACAUUAUUGGUUUUGGCUUUCAUGUCCUUCAAUAUUUGGUCGUAGUCGUUGGUGAAUUUGCUGAAAAAAGUAUACCGCAAGAUAUUCAAAUUCUUCUCACUGAAUAAAUCGUCGUGAGCUUUGGAGUACUUGUUGAGGUCUUCGUUGGCAUCAUUAUAUUUGGAGUCCCGACAAAGCUUUUUGUGAGAACUUUGGUACCUAUGGAUUCUCUUGUCAAAAUGGGAACGAGAAACUGGUACAUAGGAAGAAGUAUUUAUGUCAAACCUCAUUUUUGGUUUGGAACUGGACCUGAUAGAACUCAUUGAAGAGCGGGAAGACGUGCCGGAGGAUUUGGUGGAAAUAGAUUUUGAGUCGUCACCAUUUCUCUUCCGUCUCUCUUUUUGUCUUUUUAUUUGUUCAUUUCUUUGAUAGUUUCCACCUUGAUGAGCCACUAGGAAUAAGUACGCAGACAUGGCUUAUAGAUUAAGGAAUGUGAUUGAUAAUUGGUUCAUUCAAGAAGCCACAAAUGGGGUAAUGUAUAAAAAAAUAUCCAACUUUCAUUUGAUAGUUUUUGGCGACAGGCUUUAUAUAAUAAGAAGAGCGGUAGUCGAACGAUUAAAAAAAA